GUUUGGGGGGGAAGCAAAACACAGGAAACAGAGAGAAAAAAGAAUUGAAUGGCAAAUAAACGUCUUGGAUGGAGUUUUUCCUUUAAAAAGACAGUAAAAACGUGUGUGUGGAUAAUAUAGAGAGGGGUCGAAGAGAGAGAGAGAGAAAUAACAAGACAAACAACCCCAAGGAUUUCACUGCAAAGGAGAAUUUCUUCAUUGUCCCCCAACAGGUGUCAUCUGCGGUUAAAGCGAAUUAGCGGACAGUCGGAGAAGUGACUUAACGUGUUGAAGUUUCUCGGUGCGCUGCAAAAGAAAACGCUGCCAGAAAUGGUGUGAUUGAGUUUUUUUGUAGGCGAACGCAGCAGCCACUUGCCGCAGCGAAGUUUCGCCAACAGCCAAGAGUACAUCCACUUGAGAGAAUACAAUGGAACAACAUACAUCGAAAGAGGGCAACAUGACACCCGCUCAAGGGCAGGACUUUGAUCUGGUCAGUGCCAUGGAAUGGAGGGACGGAAUUGCCACUCUGCCCGGCAGCAACCUGAAGUUCCGAAUGACAGAGUUCAACACCCUGGAAAUCAUCACUGAUGCGGAGAUAGAAAACAAGAAAGACAACCUCUUGAAAGCUGGGAGCAGAGCUGCACCUUUGAAAGGGUUGCAAGACGAGGACGAGCCCAGCAUGGACGGGAUUUACUGCUGCGAAAACUGCGGCCAAUACGGCACCAUUGAGAACUUCAGCCACAUGGGCAGGUUCUGCAGCGAGACCUGUGCAAACAAGCACAAAGAAAGUUCCAAGGGACAGACGCCGAUGGCUGUGAAACUGGAACUGUCCAACAACAAGUCCGAUCCCGUGGACGUGAACGAAGAGGGCGGCAGAUUCACGAAACGACUCCGAAAGAAACGGAAGCUGCUCCUGGACUGGGUGGAGGACGAUUUUGAGGACGAGGAGGAUGAGGAACUUCUGGAGGACAUUAAGGUGAAGCCCAAAGGAGCCCAGGACCAUCAAACCCGAGGCCGUAGAGCACCUAAACUAUUGAAACAAGCUCUCGCCGUCCCUGGCAAGAAAAAAGCCUGGAACUGGGCUUCCUACCUGGAGGAGGAGCGAACGCAAGCUGCUCCCAUCAAACUCUUCAAAGAGUGCCAGUCGUUUCCACAGAGCCGCAACGGGUUUAAAGUGGGUAUGAGGCUGGAGGGGAUCGAUCCUGAACAUCCCUCGAUGUUUUGUGUCCUGAGUGUGGCUGAGGUGCAAGGAUACAGGAUAAGGCUGCAUUUCGACGGCUACUCGGAAUGCUACGACUUCUGGCUGAACGCAGACUCUCCCGAUAUCCAUCCGUACGGGUGGUGUGAAAAAACCAGUCGCAAACUCCACCUUCCAAAAGGUUACAAGGACAGCGCCUCCUACCUGAAGUCCUGCAAAGCUCAAGCAGCGUCCAAAACCCUCUUCAAGUCCUUGAACACGCCGAUUACCCCAUCCGGUUUCCGAGUGGGGAUGAAGCUAGAGGCAGUGGAUAAGAAGAAUCCUUCCCUGAUCUGCGUGUCCACCAUCGCUGACAUGGUGGACAAUCGGUUGUUGAUUCACUUUGACAACUGGGACGAUGGCUAUGACUACUGGUGCGAUGCGAGCAGUCCAUAUAUCCGGCCGGUCGGAUCAUGCCAGAAGCUUGGUUUGACUCUUACAACGCCGCCUGAGUACAAAGAUUCCAAAGCCUUCGUCUGGGAGAAAUACCUGGAAGUCGCAGGGUCACAGGCAGCGCCGGCCAGAGCUUUCAAACUGCGUCCGCUACAUGGCUUUCAGUUGAACAUGAAGUUGGAAGCCGUUGACAAGAGGAAUCCCAUGCUGAUAAGAGCCGCGACUGUUGUAGACACAGAGGAUCACAGAAUAAAGAUCCAUUUGGACGGGUGGAGCCACGACUACGAUUACUGGCUAGACUCGGACAGUCCCGACAUCCACCCCAUCGGGUGGUGUGCGAAAACCGGGCACCCGCUACAAACCCCGCUGAGUCCCGCUGAUCUGGUCACUCCAGUACAAGGAGGCUGUCCUACGCCAGGCUGUAAGGGAAUAGGACACAUCAAAGGAGCCAGAUAUGCUGCACAUUACACGCUGAUUAGCUGUCCGUACUCGGAGAUCAACCUAAACAAAGAAACAGUCCUGCCAGACCGCUUAAGCGGCGAGAGACAGUCUCCGGUCUCAGGCGCUCAGAAGCUAAGGAAGAUUGGAGCCGAGACCCCUGGCUCAGCCACUCCAGAGCCCCCCGAGGAAUCUCCGCAGCUCAAAAAAGAUGCAGAGAACGGAAUUGGAAACUGGAAUGAGCCACCGCACCUAAUGGAACCUGUCGCCACAGAGAACAGGCUGACAAACGGGGGUGGAGAAGAGUAUUCUGUAGCAGCGCCGACCAGAAAACCUCAAGUGUUCGUUGACGGCAAAAUCAAGCACAGAAAGGCUGGACGUCCACCAAAGUACCUGAAGUUACAAAUCGUGAAAGAAGAAGAAGGAAGGUUGAGUAGACUACAAGAAACUCCAGACAGUGACCCCAGCCUCCAGCAAGCCCUUCAUCAGUCGGUUUUCAUGUCUUCCGUGUCUCCCCUGCCUACACAGCAUCGCCUGCAACUCCGCUGGGAACAGCACAGCAAACUGCUUCCCGAGGUGGCCGGCCACACUGCCAGGAGAGUGGCAAAGUGGUCCGUGGAGGAGGUCGCCAUCUUCGUACAGAGUUUACCGGGGUGUAAAGAUCAAGCCUUGGUUUUCAGAGAGGAGCAGAUCGAUGGUGAAGCCUUUUUGCUGCUGACGCAGAUGGACAUGGUCAAAAUCCUGAGCAUCAAACUGGGGCCCGCGCUGAAAAUCUACAAUUCCAUCGUCAUGUUCAAAAACGCAGAAGAGAAUGAAUCGAACGUCUACUAACGUGGGGGACAGGAAAGACUGACUUGUAGCACACGUGCUGGCAAACUGGAUCAAGGUCUAACCUUCAGCCAUUGCUUCUUCCUUCCGCUGAAUUAAGACCUGAACCGAAAUUUGCAACGGACGGUUUGGAAGUGGUGGUGACCACAUCACGUCCGUAUCCAAGUGAAGAAGACAUUUUGCGGGACACGAGGGAAUCAUCCCAAAGUACAACUCGUUUCUGUGGUGUGUGUGUGUGUGUGUGCGCGCGCGCGUGUGUGUGUGUAUACGUCUCUUUUUUUAAACGCUGGUUAUUGAUGGUUUGGGAUACGUCAACUUUUUUUUAAAAAAAACAAUCCAAACUUUAUUCAGAACUUUAUUCAGGGAAACUUAUUCUGAUAUAUUUUUUUUUUUUUUGCUUUCUUCUGAUGUCUUCCGAUAUCCACAUUCCACCAGUCUUCCGGACAGAUAUUCGGGAAUUUGGGCUUCUCUCCUGGAAAUAAAGUCUCUCUUCCCUGUCCGGUUUCCCCUUCCUCACCCCCACCCUCUCGCACGCCAAACAGGGAGCUGUGACAUUGGUUUGAAUCGUCUCUGUCGCCAAACAAAUUUACAGAGCGGAGGGAGAGAGAGAAAAUGUGAAUUAAGAAGUGGAGGGAGGGAUAGGAGGUUGCAAAGUGACCAUUAUCCCAGUGAUGAAAAGUGAUGUCUACCUAUCUACCUUACUUAACCUACCUACCCAGCCUUUGUAACAAUUCAGACACUACAGUAACAUUAUAUAAUUGAAGCUUUCUCCGAAACAGAUCAAUCAUUAAAUUGCACAAGUGAACUAAACCCGUCCUGACCUAAUCUAAUGCUGU